CCCGGGCGCGUUGGUGUGGACACGGGGUCGCCUUGCCGAGUUCUGCGGACGUUCCUGAGCACUGAGCGUCGAGGAAGAUGAUGACUGAAUUUUGACGGCCUUGAAGUCCCGGGGGAAAAGAAAUUAUUAGACGCGAUGGGGAAGCUUCUGAGUCUCUUGGCUCGAGACGAGUCGACCUGCUGUACUCCUCAAAAGUACGAUGUCUUCCUCGAUUUUGAAAAUGCACAGCCAUCGGACAUCGAACGCGAGACCUUCGAGGCUGUACAGAGGGUUUUAAAGAACUCCGAAUCCAUACUGCAGGAGAUUCAGUGCUACAAGGGAGCAGGAAAGGAGAUACGCGAGGCGAUAUCCGCACCUACGGAGGAAUGCCAGAGAAAAGCUUAUCUCACGGUCGCUCCAUUGGUCGCCAAACUCAAGCGAUUCUACGAGUUUUCCUUAGAACUUGAGCGGGUGGUUCCGAAGAUUCUUGGCCAGCUGUGCUCGGGUCACCUGUCGCCUACCCAGCACCUGGAGACGCAGCAGGCCCUGGUCAAGCAGCUCGCCGAGAUCCUCGAGUUCGUGCUGAAAUUCGACGAGUUCAAGAUGAAGACGCCCGCGAUCCAGAACGACUUCAGCUACUAUCGUCGCACGCUCACGAGGGCCAGCCUCACCCGCCAGGACAACGCCACCGAGCGCGACCUCGUCGUCGGCAACGAGCUGGCGAAUCGCAUGUCCCUCUUCUACGCCCACGCCACACCUAUGCUGCGCGUUUUAAGCAACGCCACCAUCACUUUUCUCAUGGACAAUGAGGACAUACCGAGGGAAAAUAUCACGGAGACUUUGGGCACGAUGGCGAAAGUUUGCCUGAGGAUGCUCGAGAAUCCGAAUUUACUGGCGCAGUUCCAACGCGAGGAGACGCAACUGUUCGUUUUGAGGGUGAUGGUCGGUCUAGUUAUUUUGUACGACCAUGUGCACCCGCAGGGAGCUUUUGUUAAAGGCUCCAACGUUGACGUAAAGGGUUGCGUAAAGCUUCUGAAGGAUCAGCCGCCAUGCAAGAGUGAAGGACUUUUAAACGCUUUGCGCUACACGACCAAACACUUGAAUGAGGACAACACCCCAAAGAACAUUAAGAACUUACUAGCCGCAUGAUUGCCGAAGCAACGCGGCUGCUGCAUUCGAAAUUGAUGAGUCACACUUUAUAGGUCUGGAAGCUGCUUUUGCUAGAAUCAGCGGAAAUUAUCAUUAAGAGAUUUGUUGAAAAUUCAGCGAUUAAUGAAGCGUUUGAUCUUGAUCUGUUGAUAGGCGAACAGAGGCGAAGAACAAUCGCGGCUACAAUGUAAACACUUUUUAUCAUUAAAGAACGGGAAAUUGUAUUUUGCUAAGAUUCACAGGGUUUAAAGGGUCAGAUUUUAUAAAUUAAAUUAUUGUUGUACAUUCAUGUAGGAAUAAAUAGAAUUUACAUUAAGUGAUAGGUAAUAAUUGAGUGAAUUAAAAGUGUUUAUGCUGAUAAAAGGACGGCUGUUCGUUUCUGCGUCCGAAUUAAUUACUCAAAGGGAAUGACGCUGACUGAACAUUUCGAAAUGAAAAAGCACAUCAUAUAUUGUACAAGAAUAUGCAAACAAAAUGAAGGGGCAAUCGAAUUAUUGCAAAAGACUAUCGAGUGCGAGGAAUUGCAACAUGUGGAUGCUUUUAUUACAUCUUAAUCGACUUGGGCAUCCACGGAUCACAUAUUAUUAUCAUUAUCAGAAUAGAAAGUAAUACUAUUCUCGUUAUUGAUAAUACGAUACUGUGCACACAGACAUCCGA